CAACAAUACAUCACUCAUUGUCGACUAAACCGAUUUACAAGCUAAGACACGAAAGGCAUUAAAAUGCUAGCUUUCUCAGCGAUUGUCUUCGCUUUAGCGACAAUUUCUACCGCGUUUGGCGGWCAACUAUCCUUCGAAAGUGGUGAUGUUUUGGUUGAGUGGACWCAUCUGCCUGGGACCCAAGAAAUAGAGUUUAACCUCACAAUGAAAACUACUGGAUGGAUUGGUUUGGGAAUCUCGAUGGAAAAUAGUGGUAUGAAAAAGCUUGAUGUCUAUGCUGGAGGAUUUAAAAAUUCAGCAAACUACCUUGAGGAUUACUACGUUGAUGCAAAAACGACGCCGACACCAGAUAAUACCAAUGCUGCUACAAUCACCGCUGGAAGUGAAAAUGGUGGGAUAACUAACCUAAGAUUCAAGCGAAAAUUAGACACUGGAGAUGCAAAAGACACCAAAAUCACGCCUGGCGAAAAACUGUAUUUGGCCUGGGCUUACGGCGACACUGAUACGUUUGGUUAUCAUAACACAAACAAAGGUUACUCUGGGCUAGUCAUGCUUGUUGCUGCCCCGGCGUCAAGCACCAUUGCUCCAACAGCAUCGUCCUCGGUAGUAGCGACUUCUUCUGUUGAUGCAGUCUCACCAACACCAACACCAACACCGACACCAGCAUCAACGCCAGCACCAACAUCAACGCCAGCACCAACAUCAACGCCAGCACCAACAUCAACGCCAGCACCAACGUCAGCAAGUCAAGACAACGAAUUAAUAUUUAAGAAAGGAGAAUACAAACUAAACUGGAACUUCAACUCCAAUACGAAAGAGGUAAUGUUCAAAAUUACCGUGACAGGAACUGGAUGGAUUGGACUUGGGAUUAGUGACUUGAAUAAAGACAUGAAAGGCCUGGACAUCGCUGUGGCCAUGGUGAACAGUUCGGGGCAUGGAACUGUAGAGGUUGGGAAGACAUACUAUAUUGCCUGGGUAUUCAAUCCGACGUCGUCAGUCUUCGGAUACCACGGUUCCGUGAACCGCGGCUACAGCUCCAACAAAGUAGUCCUUGCUGGAACACAGACAACAACUGUAGUAACCACUACCACCGGGACAUGCGCUAAACUGUCUUCAAUUUUGGUGCUGUUGUCAAUGUUUGUAGCGAUGCUCGGUUACUAAGCGACAUGAGUCACGUUAUGGAAGUCUUGUUACGUUAACUUUUUAUUCUUUUUAAUUUGUCGUGGUUUGUUAAAUUCAUUGUAAAGUGGAUGCACUUAAUCCGCGAAGCAAAUGACACUUAUUUCUAGUAAGAAGUUUUGAUUAGCACCAAAGUAUGUUAGAGUGGAGUCCUCAAUUAAAUCCAUGAAACUAAA